AUGAAUUGUGAAUCUCUGCUUCUCUUUGUGGUACAUGUAAAAAAGAAGCAUAGAAGCAAGUUCCCUCCAAUAAAACAGUUUCAUCCCUACAUGUUUCUUCUCCUGGGAAUUCCAGGGCUUGAAGUUGUGCAUAUGUGGAUUGGUUUUCCAUUUUGUGUUGUGUAUUUGACUGCUCUUCUGGGAAAUGUUACCAUUAUUUUUGUGAUUCAGACUGAACACAGACUCCAUCAGCUGUUCUACUUCCUGGCCAUUUUGUCAUCCACUGACCUGGGUCUGUCCACAUCCACCACCCCCAAGAUGCUUGGCAUCUUCUGGUUCAACCUGAUGGAAAUCUCCUUUGAAGGAUGCCUCAUCCAGAUGUUCUUCAUCUACCUGUGCACUGGCAUGGAAUAGACUGUGCUUGUGGCCAUGGCCUAUGAUCUCUUUGUGGCCAUUUGUAACCCUCUUCACUACACAUUGGUCCUCACAAACAAGGUGGUGUCAGCCAUAGCUUUCAUCAUUCUCCUGAGACCCUUGGCCAUUGCAAUUCCCUUUGUGGUGCUCAUGCUAAAACUGUCCUUCUGUGGUCAUCAACUCACUCCCCACACAUACUGUGAGCACAUGGGUAUUGCCCGCCUGCCCUGUGCUAGCAUCAAGGGCAAUAUCGUCUAUGGCUUAUGCGCCAUCUCUAACCUCCUGUUUGAUAUCUUAGCAAUCUUCCUCUCCUACAUCCAGAUCCCUCUUGCUGUCUUUCACCUACCAUCUAGAGACGCCCGGUUAAAAGCACUCAGCACCUGUGGCUCCCAUGUCUGUGUCACGCUGUCGUUCUAUACUCCAGCAUUUUUCUCCUUUAUGACCCACCGGUUUGGCCAUAAUGUUCCUAGAUACAUUCAUAUACUUCUUGCCAACUUUUACGUUGUCAUCCCACCUGCUCUCAACCCUGUUAUUUAUGGUGUCAGAACUAAGCAGAUCAGAGAAAGGGUAAUUAGAAUGUUCAGGAAUAAAUUACAAAAGUUGAGCUUCAGAGAUCAGGAAACUAACAUAAAACAAAGUGGACCUUAG